UUACUCCCCGCCGUCCCUCUGCCCCGGCAAUAAAUGCAGCCGCUCGAGCCGCGCACCCACCCCCGCCAGAUCUGAACCCCGCGACAAGGCAGGCGAAGGAAGAGAGGAAGGGAAAAAUCUCGCCACUUCACCACGCCACCUUCCCACAUUUACUCCCCUACGCCCCCACCCCACGCGGCAGCGAUUCCACCCGGGCAUCCACCACCACCACCGUGCCGUGCGCACGCUACGCCAAUGCCAUUCCGCCGCUCCAUCGCCACGAGGGACUCGCCGCCGCCGGCACAACCGCAAUGUCCCUCCUUUCCUCGCUGUCCAACCUUGGCCUCGGCUACUCCAUCGCCAUCGCGCUCGGCUUCCUCGUCCUGUUCGCCUCGCUCCUGCUCGCCUCCUACCUGUGCUUCCGCCGCGGCGGCGGGGACUACUGGGCCGGGGAGGCCGCCACCACGGCGUCCAGCUCCGGCCACCUCUCCAUCACCGUCCCGCGCGUGCUCUUCGUCGCGGAGGGCUCCGAGUCCCCCGACGCCGCCUACUCCUCCGCCGCCGCCGCGUCCUGCUCCCCCGUCGGGCUCGACCGGGCCGCCAUCGCGUCCUACCCCAAGGUCCCGUUCUCCAGCAGGGCCGCCGAGCCCGACGCCAUGUGCUCCAUCUGCCUCAGCGAGUACAGGGACGGCGAGAUGCUGCGCGUGAUGCCCGAGUGCAGGCACGGGUUCCACGUCGCGUGCCUCGACGCCUGGCUGCGGCGGAGCGGCUCGUGCCCCGUCUGCAGGUCCUCGCCCAUCCCGACGCCCACCGCCACGCCGCUCGCGACGCCGCUCUCGGAGCUCGUUCCUCUCUCGCACUACGCCGCCGACCGGAGGCGCAGGUGAUGGACGUUGCCACACCGGUGCAACACGGUGCUUGUCACUGCAUUACUCUUUUUUUUCAUCUCUUUACGUUCGAGGAUGUGAAGUUGUGGGUUGCUUUACUGUGGGGUUGUUUUAGGAUAUCUAGAGAAUUGUUUAAUUUGGAAGUCACAAUGAUCUUGAUUAGAUUUUGUAAUGUAGAAGUAGAUGAUUGGAGCAGGGGAUAGUGUAAAUAACAAUACAGAUUGCUUGUUUCUGUGAGUAACCUUCUGGUAAUUUAUCCAAUACUUAUACUUACUACUGAAACUAUGGCCAGAUGGAAUGUAGAGAAUUGGUGUAUGAUGGCUACUUAUGUCACCGAAUGGAACGCAUAACUAUCACUUUUUAUUUUUCAUCCUUUGCUGCAUUGGGGACUUGGAAGAACCUUUGCAUUUACCUGAUCCCAUCAAACU